UGUUAUUCCUUGUUUCUUGACUCGCCACCAUGUAAAAUAUGUUUGACUUUCCCUUUUUUUGGCUCUUGGUCAAUUCCCUUUUUACAUUCAACUCAACAUAUCAGUUUUAGUUUACCUUAGUGUUACUAGCAAAUCCAUUGGUUCAUCUUUGAGAUGAAAUGUCUAAAAUCAGAAUGAAAAUUCCAUCUACACAUAUAUUUCUUUGUUGUAAGUGUUUUGAGAUGAGUUUUCUGUGAAUAAAAUUUGAAAUUUAACAGAGUAUGACUUUAGAUGACUUUGAAUAUAUAGUAGUGCAUAAAUGUCACAUGGACUCCAACAUAGUGAUUUUCGUCCAGAUUAGUAUUUUUAUCAUAAUGGUAGACAGAAUGAAACAUAGCUGUGAUUUAGUGAUGAGAAGUGCAGUAUGGGUCGUACUGAGGGCCGCUCAGCAGGAGCAGGGAUGUCAGGGGCAGCUGCUGCUGUGUGUACGAGAUACUGAAUGUCCAUAACAAUACUGCCCAGCCUCCCUCUGUAUGUCUCUCUCUCGCUUUUCCUCUGAAGGGUGGUUCACUGGACUAGCUGCAACAGCACACAAAAAAAAAAUCUCUCUAUCUUUUUCAUUUUUGCCUGUGAGAAUAUUUUCAUGAAAAGUCGAAAGGAAAUACUUGCUAAAUACAAAGACUGAGGAGAUUUACAUCUAAAGUGUGUGUGGACUGUGAAGCAGAGACAUGAGUAUAGAUGAAGACACACGCUGGCUGGAAUGGGUCACCAAGCAGUUUGAGAGCAUUGCAGGAGAUGAUAAAGAAAUCGACUUGGAUGAGUUUAAAACAGCUCUGAAAGUAAAAGAGUCAUUUUUUGCGGAGAGGUUUUUCGCCUUGUUUGACUCUGAUGGCAGCAGCUCCAUCAGUCUGGAUGAACUUCUCAAGGCUUUAGAUCUUCUGAUCCAUGGCAGUGAGACAGACAAACUACGCUUCCUCUUCCAGGUCUAUGAUGUGGAUGGAAGUGGCUCCAUAGACCCAGAUGAGUUGCGUACGGUUCUGAAAUCCUGUCUACGUGAGAGUGCGAUCUCGCUCCCUGAGGAAAAGCUAGAUGACCUGACGCUGGCACUGUUCGAAUCUGCUGAUCAAGAUAACAGUGGCUCCAUCACGUUUGAAGAGCUGAAGGCAGAGCUGGAGAACUUUCCUGAAGUUAUGGAGAACCUCACCAUCAGUGCCGCCAACUGGCUGAAACCUCCUGAUCUGGAGCAGAAGAAACGCAAGACUCCUCGUUACCUGACGCGGGCGUAUUGGCACAACAACAGCCGCAAGCUGCUCUUCCUCUGCAUGUACUCUCUCCUGAAUGUGCUCCUCUUCAUCAUCGCUAUGCUGAAGAACGCACAUGGAGGCCCCUUGUUCAUGGUGGCCAGGGGCUGCGGCCAGUGUCUCAACCUCAACUGCACUUUUGUUAUGGUGCUGAUGUUGAGGCGCUGUCUGACGUGGCUACGUGCUACCUGGUUGGUGAGGGUCUUCCCUUUGGACCAGAACAUUCUACUGCAUCAGAUCGUGGGCUACGCCAUCUUGAUCUUCAGCAUUGUGCACACUGGCGCUCACGUCAUGAACUUUGCCCGAAUGUCUCAGAAUGAUGGCAUGUACCAGCUGUGGGAGUAUCUUUUCACCAUCCGUCCUGGGAUUGGCUGGGUCAAUGGCACCGCCUCCAUCACGGGCGUCGUUCUGCAGGUUCUCAUCUGCUUGAUGGUGGUGUGCUCCAGCACGUUCGUCAGACGCAGUGGUCAUUUUGAGGUGUUCUACUGGUCUCAUCUUUCCUACAUCUGGGUUUGGGCCCUGUUGAUCGUCCACUGUGCGAACUUUUGGAAGUGGUUUGUGGCACCAGGACUGAUGUUCCUCAUUGAGAAACUUGUUGGAAUAGCAGUGUCCCGCAUGGGUGGGCUGUACAUAGUUGAAGUCAACUUAUUGCCCUCAAAGGUAACACAUUUGGUGAUCAAGAGGCCUCCAUUCUUUCACUUUAAACCUGGAGAUUAUGUGUAUAUAAAUAUUCCUGUUAUUGCCAAAUAUGAGUGGCAUCCGUUUACCAUCAGCAGCGCUCCUGAGCAGCAAGAUACGUUGUGGCUUCACGUUCGUUCCAUGGGCCAGUGGACAAACCGCCUGUACGAGUAUUUCAGACAGCCGGAGAGUCAAGCCAUUAGUAACAAGAGGCUCACCGCCAGCCUGAGGAACAGACGCCACGAGAGCAGAACGCAGAAUGAAUUGUUCAAGUCUGCAAGCUGCAACAAUUCUGUGGCGUCUAAUAAGGAUGACGCUGUUGAACUGACCCUGUACCGGACAAGCAGAACACACACAAACUCCCAGAAGCCCGUCCCUGACCCAGUAGCCCAGGCAGAACUGGGAGAUGUCUCUCUGGCUACAAGAGAACUUACAGCGAAAUUAAGUGAAAAUCACAGAUAUUGUAACAUUAAGUGCUAUGUGGACGGACCUUUUGGCACCCCGACUCGACAGAUCUUUGCAUCUGAGCAUGCGGUGCUUAUCGGUGCUGGAAUCGGCAUCACUCCCUUUGCAUCCAUUUUGCAGAGUAUUAUGUGCCGUUAUCGCAUGAGAAAGCAAAACUGCCCCAACUGCAACUAUUCCUGGUGUGAAACCAUAAAAGACAACGAAAUGAAACUGAGGAAGGUGGACUUUAUUUGGAUCAACCGAGAUCAGAAAUCCUUUGAGUGGUUUGUGAGUCUCCUGACCAAGCUGGAGAUGGACCAGGCAGAUGAAGAGCCAGAGGGUAAGAGAGAACUGAAUAUAUGGGGUUGGCACUCAAAGGUUAGCACAAUCAUACUUGUUUUUAUGUUUUCAGGCCGUUUUUUGGAGAUGCACAUGUACAUGACGUCAGCCCUCAGUAAGAAUGAUAUGAAGGCCAUAGGUCUGCAGAUGGCUCUGGACCUGCUGGCCAAGAAAGAGAAGAGAGAUUCCAUCACCGGCCUUCGCACACGUACACAGCCAGGCAGACCAGAUUGGGCCAAGGUUUUCCAGAAAGUGUCUGAAGAAAAGAAAGGAAAGGUUCAUGUUUUUUAUUGUGGUUCUCCUGCUCUUGCCAAACACAUUAAGGCCCAGUGUGAGCAUUUUGGCUUUAACUUCUACAAAGAAAAUUUCUGAAGAAUUUACAGUAUUUCAUUUUAUUGAAAUCCUACAAAUAAUAACAUAAUCAUCUGACAAUCUGAUCUUGCCGAUGUGUCUGGUGUUGUACGUUUUGUAAAUCUCAUGUUGUUGUAUGUUUAAAUUUUUACACUUUUAAUGAAAUUGUGUUUUUCUUUUUUUUUUCUUUUUUAUUAAUUUAAGAAAUACCCUUUCUGGUUGUUAUGAAUAUGCAUGUAAAAGUUUUUUUCUCCAGUAAGAGAAUAGUCACUGCAGUCAGUGGAAUGUAAAAUUGUCAUGUAAAUAAUAAUAUAAAGUAAUUUACUCUAGAAUAUACAGUUAGAAAUAUUAGUUACAUGUAAAUAUAAUGAUUAAAAAUGUUACACUUUAUUUUAAGGUGUCCUUGUUACAGCGUAAUUAUACAUUUAAGUACUGAGAAAUGUU